CCGGCUCUCCUCCACUCUCGGCCGCCUCGCUCUCGCCGCCGCGUGACCGUGCGACGCGACCACAGCCGCUCGCCAGUGCAUGUGACGUGCUUUUAUUCUAUCCGCUCGGCGUGCCUCCGCGGGUUUGCGCUCACGUGGCCGCGAGCACGGCCGUAGAUACCUCAAGAUGGACGACGUGCAGCUCGCCGGCGCGGAUAGAUGAGCUUUCGACAGAUAGAUAAAAAACAGAGCUUCGUGCCUCAGGGGCGACGCCGAUAAAAGAAAGGCAGAGAAGAAGUAAUCGAAGCCGUGCAUCGGGAAUCGGGCGAAAGCAGUGCCGGGAGUGCCGGCCAGGGAACGGAUUCGAUCUCAGGGACAAACGAGCAAGCAAGUAAGCGAGAGUGCCGGGGUGAAUGGAAGCGGCGACGGCAGCAGUAGCAGCAGUAGCAGCAGCAGCAGCAGUUCGAUGAUCGAGGAUGUGGCGGCCCAGCAGCAGCCGGAGCGCGCGCUGGCUCCGGCGCUCAGCACCGCGACGACGUAGGAAGCGGAUAUACGCUCGAGGUCGCUCCUCGUAAAACUCCGACGACGAGCCGACUAUGAGAGACCAGGCCCUAUCAGCAGCAGCAGCAGCAGCAGGGCCGAUGCCGCGGCUUUGUCCGUUACUGGUAGUUUUGCUGCUGAUUGCGCCGCAGACCAGCUGGAGCUUGAGCGGCGCUUACUUGAGUUCGCGCGGCUCGCUGGGCAUUGGCCAAAAGCGCGGAGUGGUGAAGUUGGCGGUGAUCGCGCCGGCUGAUCCGCACCACGAGCAGAGUCUGCCGCGAGUGCUGCCCGCCGUGCUCAUGGCCGUCAAGACCGUGAGCUCCGCCAAGGGGUCGCUCCCGGGAUGGAGCAUCAAGGUCGACCACAGGGACUCGCAGUGCUCCAGUACCCAUGGACCCCUCGCCGCUUUCGACUUUUACAACAACAGGACUGCAGACGCGUUUCUGGGUCCAGUGUGCGAGUACGUGCUGGCGCCGGUGGCGAGAUACGCAGGCGUCUGGGGCAUUCCCGUGCUGACGGCGGGUGGCCAGGCCGACGCCUUCCGCCACAAGGACGAUAAUUACCCGACGCUCACGCGAAUGAUGGGCUCGCAUCGGCUGGUCGGCGAGGCGCUUCAGCACAUCCUCCAAGGCUUCGGCUGGAAGGUCGCGGCCUUGCUCUUCCACAACCACGCGCCCGACAGCAGCCGCGGCAACUCUAAGUGUCAUUUCACCCUCGGCGCCGUGUACUUCGCUUUAAAUCAGACCUCCCUGCACAAGAGCUUUAACCAGGAAGCGACCAGCAGCGAGGACUACAAGGAGCUGCUCACCUUCGUCUCCAAGUCCGCCAGAAUCGUAGUGAUGUGCGCCAACGCGACGACGAUAAGAGAGAUACUGCUGGCCGCGGAGGAGCUGGGCAUGGUGGAUUCGGGCGAAUACGUCUUUUUCUCAAUCGAACUGACAAGCAGCGACAACAACACGAAGGAGCCAUGGCACGUGGAGGGCGACAGCGAGGAGCGCAACCAGAAGGCGCGCAAAGCCUACCAGGCGUUGCUGACCGUCACCACUCGCACGCCCGACAACGUCGAGUACCUCAAUUUCUCGCGCGAGGUCAAAUCACUGGCGCAGAGCCGCUACAAUUUCACUUUCGGCAACAGCUCGGUGUCCACCUUCGUCACGGCCUUCUACGACGCCGUCCUCCUCUACGCACUGGCUCUCAAGGAGAGUCUACCCGACAAGCCGGGCGAGGUCAAUCUCGACGGCGGCAAUCUCACUCGGCGGAUGUGGGGCCGAAGUUUCAAGGGCAUCACGGGCGAUGUGAACAUAGACGAGAACGGCGAUCGCAUAGCCGAUUACUCGCUUCUUGACAUGAAUCCCGAAACUUCCAAGUUUGAGAUAGUGGCAAACUAUUAUGGAGCGAAUAAAACGCUGGAGUAUAUACCGGGCAAGAGGAUACACUGGUCGGGCGACCGGCUGGAGCCGCCACCGGAUACGCCUACCUGCGGCUUUGACGGAUCACUCUGCCCGGAUAAAUCGCUGCCGGGCUACGCCAUUCUCUCAAUUGUGCUCAGCUCCAUCGUUGUUGUGCUCGUCGUUGCCUCGGUUUUCAUUUACAGACACUUCAAACUCGAAGCGGAAAUUGCCUCGAUGACGUGGAAAGUGCACUGGGAGGACGUCAUUGUUAUGCCAAGCGAAAAGUUCAAAGCCGGAUCCAUGUACUCACUCGCGCCCAACAAGCAGCGUGGAAGUCAGUUGAGCAUAUAUUCUAUGGACAACGCGAGUCUGCCCGGCGGAGUGGACAGGCGCUCCUUCGUCCCCACGGGAAUUUACAAGAACUCCAAAGUCGCAAUCAAGGCUAUACCGAGGAGCAAAGUCGAGAUGUCGCGUCCGUUGCUGCUGGAGCUCAAGAGGAUGAAGGAUCUGCAGCAUGAUCAUCUGGUAAGGUUUUAUGGAGCCUGCGUCGAGCCGCCGCACUGCUGUCUGCUCACCGAGUAUUGUCCCAGGGGAUCUCUACAGGACAUCCUGGAGAACGAGCAAAUGAAGCUGGACCGCGUGUUCAGCGGCUCGCUCAUCCACGACAUCGUGCGAGCCAUGACUUACCUGCACGCCUCGGAAAUCCGGAGCCACGGCAAUCUCAAGUCGACCAACUGCCUGGUGGACUCGAGGUUCGUGCUGAAAAUCGCAGACUUCGGACUGCACGAGCUGAGGAGAGCGCGUCCACUGGACGCCAACGAGGACACCAACAGCUACGCCUACUGGCGCAAUCAAGUGUGGACGGCGCCCGAGCUGCUGCGAAUGGAGCGAAGACCGCCUGAGGGUACGCAGAAGGGUGACGUCUAUAGUUUCGCCAUAAUCGUUCAUGAGAUCGAGGUGCGCCAGGGCCCAUUCUACCUUGGUCCAAACACCAAUCUCUCUCCGAAAGAGAUAAUUGAAGGAGUUCGAAGGGGCGGUGGAUCUCCGUUGAGGCCUUUCCUGGAUGAAACUUCUGUCGAUGAAGAGGUUGCAUCAUUGAUGGAUCGAUGUUGGGCCGAAGAUCCUGCCGGUCGACCAGAUUUUGCUGGGUUGAAAGAAAUCGUUCGAAAAAUUAAUAAGGACAGCCGAAUCAAUAAUCUACUGGACAAUCUGCUCUCGCGUAUGGAGCACUACGCGGACAACUUGGAGAACCUUGUGGCUGAGCGCACGGCUGACUAUCUCGAGGAGAAACGAAAAUGCGAGGAGUUGCUCUAUCAGUUGUUGCCCAAGUCGGUGGCGUCGCAGCUGAUUCUAGGAAAAAGCGUGAUCGCCGAGAUGUACGAUUCGGUAACCAUCUACUUCAGCGACAUCGUCGGCUUCACCAGCCUCUCCGCAGAGAGUACACCGCUGCAGGUCGUCGAUUUCCUCAACGACCUCUACACGUGUUUCGACUCCAUCCUCGAGAAUUUUGACGCUUACAAGGUGGAAACUAUUGGCGAUGCUUACAUGGUGGUGUCAGGACUACCAGUGAGAAAUGGAAUGAACCACGCGAGGGAAAUAGCCAGGAUGAGUUUGGCCCUAAGGGACACGGUCAUGACGUUCCGCAUUCGUCACAGGCCUAACGAGCAGCUGAAGUUACGAAUCGGCUUGCACACUGGACCCGUAGUCGCGGGCGUCGUCGGUCUCAGGAUGCCAAGGUACUGCCUGUUCGGCGACACAGUCAAUACGGCCUCGAGGAUGGAAAGCACCGGCGAAGAACUAAAAAUACACGUUAGCACAGAUACCAAGGAACUGCUCGAUACCUUCGGGACCUUUGAUCUUGUGCUCCGUGGGGAGGUUGAGCUUAAGGGCAAAGGCAAGAAGACGACGUACUGGCUGAGAGGUGAAAAGUCGAUGCCUCCGUCUGAGAACAACAACGUCCAUCAGCAGCACCCGCAGCAGAUCCAGCAGGUGUGCACGAGUCUCAACCAAAUCCCAUCGAUCUCGACGCCGCGACACUCGUUUUACGGCAGCUCGCAGCAAUCUCAGACGUCGCUGGUGGGCAACGGCGCGCCGCCAGCUCUGUCGCCGUCGCACGUCCGGCCUCAGCCAGUCGCGCAGUCCAACAGCGAGAGUCUGCCGAAUCACAACGCCGAGAGCGGGGCGAGCACCCCUCUGCUGCUGCCUGUCGGCUCGGUACCUUGAGUCGCCGAGGCCCAACGAUAGACUGGCUGUGCUCGAUGUACGAUGAUCAUCUACUCUAUCCAACCUUUCUGUCUCUCUUUCUGACCUACGCGCGACGUCCUCUUUCGUCGUCGGUCUGUCUGUCUAUCUGUUUGCCUGUCCGUAGUCACUCCGGUGGCUGUUACCGUUUCGAUAAUUCUGUCGUUCUUGAGAGAAUCAAACGAGAGAGAGAGGUGCAUGUACUUUUUUUCCAGGCUUGGAGCUCAUCGAACCCACAUACGUACGACAGUACAAAAACACGUGAAAGUCGCUAUACGUCGAUGACGGUGAGCGUCGCAUCGGGCGAUAAGAGAGACGCGCUAGCGUACAUUCAAUUCUACGCUCUCAAGAUUACUUUUUACGGCCGCCUCUCGCUUUCUCGUCCUUUUUCACCGACGCGUCGUUCUCUCGCGCGAUCGCGACUCGCGCCGCCUGCAAACGCAAACGCGACGACCGUGACUUUCUUUUUCGAGGAUUUGCAUUACGAAAAUCCGCACAAAGACGCGCAUUCUGUUCCUUAAUUCGCGUGUUCGCGAUAGCCGAUGACGGUGCUUUCGUUUUUUCCGCUCGACUUGCUUUCCGUGGGCGCGAGCGGAUGGCGCUUUCGUUCUGGCUUUCACGCAUAUAAGCACGCAUUCGCCGCCGGGGUCUUCUCGUUUCGGCGUGCAUUAUACUCGCCCGCAUUUCAGCGAGCAAUUACAAUGGCUUUUUCUCUCGCGACGAGAUUGCCAAUCACCUACUUUUUCCUACUUGGUGCUUUCGCGGAAUCGUAAAAAAUUGAUUUGCAUCACACAAAGAAUGACUUUGAACGACGUCGUCGCUGCUGAUGGGUUUUUUCAAUUUGAAAUCCCAUUGGUAGUCGGUAAUCGUGCAAAAAUGAGCUGUAUUGUCGGUCCCGCGUCCGCGCGCAUGCGGGUAUAACAGACCUAAGAGAGAUUUUCCCCUCAUCCUUAACGAAGUCAUAUACAACGCAAAAUAUACACGAAAAUAUAUAUGGCAUGUUGAGCAAUGCAAAGAGACACGGACAAUGAAUCGAUGUGAGUAUUGUAUAAUAUAACUGGAACUGGAAAGUUACGUAUAUUGCAUGUUUUCAAACAAAUAUAAAAUAUUUAAAAUCGAUUACAAGAGAUUUUCAAGUGAGAGCGAGAGAGCGGACAGAUGAAAGAGAAAAAAAUUUAUAUAUAGAAUCGAUGUAUAGACUAUAUGAUAUAAAUAUAUAUUAUGUUAUAAUACCAUAUGUAACAAGCCGCGAAGGCUGGGCCUUCGAUGUGAAUGUUAUACAUACACGAUAAGAUCAUUUCUUCUCUAAACGUUCUCUUCGUUUUUUAUUUUUUCGAGAGAUACCAAUACAAAUGAUGAAUUUACCAGUACUGCUAAUGCUCGAACGUGAGUGCAAGUGAUAAUGUCGUAACAAUGCGAGAAUUUUAGCGAGCGCGUGAAUGAUAAUCGAGUGCUACGCAGAUGUGUCGGAUGUGUCAAUCGAGAACGCGCGAUAUGUAAUGUUAAUUAUUAUAUAUUUUAAUGAAAUUCAGCCAUGAGAUACGAACAGCUCUUUCAGAAGUUAGCCAAUGACAAGGGGAAAUAAAGCUAUAGGUAAAAUAUGGUCUACAUGUAGUUAUUGUAUACGUGAUGCGUGUGCGAUGCACCCGGACAAUUCUGUCGAAAGAAUGGAGAGAAAGAUGAGAUUGUAAGCCUAUCCAUAUUAUCAGAAUAAAGUUUCAUCG